UGUGGUGAUGAACUUAAUAGUCAUGAGAAAAUGAGCAGACAUCAAUUGUUCCCAUUGUGAAAUUAUACAGCACACCAGUGCAGGUUGCCAUCUUGGCUGCUCUGUCAUCCUCAUAUUUCCAGUUUUGUAGCUUAAGCAGCGUAAAACUUUUUAUUGAAUCUUCUUUAAAGAUCAACUUUAUAACUGGAUUCAAAGUUUUACUGCUUUCUGUCAAAGACGGAUUUCCUCUCUUCCAGAAAGGCCAGAUUUGUGGAGUGCUAAGCUCGCAGUUGUCAUGGCAACAGAUUCUCUCGACUCUAAACUUCUCCACGGCGUUAUUACAUCCCUGAGCUGUUAGUUCCUAUGGAUGGCCAUGACUUCUGAAUGGAAAUAGCUGUUCUGGGUUUUGUGAGGCAAACCAACGUGCCAGUUCUUCAGACUCUUCAGAUCGUCCUCCACCUGCUGCCGAGCUGAGGGCCAUGGAUCCUUGUUACACCACUGUAGCUUACACAUCUUACCCUGCUGAGACCUUCACACUGCAGGACAGGAGACAUGAAGUGUCCCCUGGACAGUCUGGAGGUCCCACAGUAGUUCAGCACACCGUAGUGAACGUCCCCACUGAGCCCACAAGAGAUUAUCUGGUCUGGUCGCUGUGGAACUUAAUCUAUGGAAAUAUUUUCUGUCUUGGAUUGGCGGCUCUCAUUUACUCUGUCAAGGCCAGAGACAGGAAGCUGGUUGGAGAUCUGGAUGGAGCCAAACGUCACGCCUCCACUGCUCGGGUUCUCAACAUUGUGGCGACCGUCCUGACAUCGUUAGCCGUCUUUCUCUCCAUUGUUGUGCCCAUUGCUAUGAUUGCAAACUCUAGAAGAUAUUACAGAUAUCACUAAAUAACUUUUGUGUGAUAUAAGGGGUUUUCAAACACCAUAUCUUUCUCUCCACUGCUGUGCUCAUGGCUAUGAUUGCAAAUGCUGCAAGAUAUUAAACAUAUCACUAAGUAAGAAGGGGUUUUCAAAAGCUGAGUGAAGAUGACACCAAAUCUACAUCGAUCUAUGUUCCUACCCUCAUCUAUGGUCAUGAGCUUUGGGUCAUGAUCGAAAGAACGAGGUCCCGGAUACAAGCGGC